AUGCCGCCAAAGCAAGCCUCGGGAGGGGCCCGCGGCCGCCCCAAGGGUAGCAAAAACAAGCGAUCGUCGACGACAGCAGCGGCACUAGAUUCGCCUGAGUCGAGCGACCCGUUCGAUUCCCCAGACGAGCAAGCCGCCGCCGCCGACGACGACGAAGACGCUGGCAAUCGAAGGCGGACGACGAAGACAACGACACGACGGGAGAAUAACAAUAGUGGCGGCACGGCGGCGCAGGACGAAGAGGCGGAAGGAGAGGCGGAGAAGACGAUACCACGGGAGCUGCUGACGCGGGUGCUGCACGAGUUCUUCGCCAAGGACGCGACGAGGAUAUCGCGGGACGCGAACGCGGCGGUGGGCAAGUACGUGGACGUGUUUGUGCGGGAGGCGAUUGCGCGGGCGGCGGUGGACAAGCGAAGCGGGUUCCUCGAGGUGGACGAUUUGGAAAAGAUUGCGCCGCAGCUCCUGCUGGAUCUAUGA